AUGGCUACUCCCACUAAAGCUUCUUCCAAGUUCAAUGUGACUCCCGAGCAACAAGCGAGUCUGCCUCACUUCUUCUACCAACAGCUUACAUGCAAACCCAAGCCCGUCACCGGCGCCAAUCUCAAUGGCAAAACAGCCAUUGUCACCGGGUCCAACACCGGGAUCGGUCUCGAGACGGCGCGACAGCUACUUGACCUAGGUGCCAGCAAGUUAAUCUUGGCCGUUCGCAACGAGACCAAGGGCGCAACCGCCGCCGCCAACCUGACCAAAGGUCUCCGAGACGCCAAGCAGCAAGCCAGAACUUCGACAGUUGAAGUUUGGAACCUCGACCUUUCCGUUUACAAGUCCAUCCUCGCCUUUUGCGCCAGGGCCGAGAAGGAACUCAGCACGCUCGACAUCGCCGUCCUCAACGCCGGCAUCGGUCCUGCCGCGCGCUGCUUCAACCCCCACACCGGCCAUGACGAGGUGAUCCAGGUCAAUUACCUCUCCACCGCGCUACUGGCCAUCCUUCUCUUGCCCGUCAUCCAAUCCAAGCGCCAGCAUCAAUCCGGUCCUGGCCGUAUGACCAUUGUCAACUCCGAGGUAUCGGGGUGGACGGACUUUACCGAGGUCAUGGGAGAGUCACGGAACAAGCCAGGACGGUUGCCGGCCUCGAUUCUGGCUGCUUUGGACGCCGACGACAAGGAUGGAAAGCCAGUCGAUAUGGUAGAUCGCAUGUUUGUGUCCAAGUUGCUGGGCCAGUUUUUCUUGUUUGAAAUUGCCAAGGUGGUCGACCCGUCGCUGGCAAUCAUCAAUGCCACAUCCCCGUCGUGGGUUCUCGAGACCGAGUUUAACCGCGAUCGUGAGGGCUCGUCCGUACUCUUCAAGAUUGGAAAGUUUGUGUUAAGUAGGGUGGUCGCCAAUACGGCGGCUGUUGGGGCGCGAAUGGUUACGGAUGCCGCGGUUAACCAUGGUGAGGAGACGCAUGGGGAGAUGCUGAGCUUUCAGCAGCUUGUUCCGUGA